AUGUCACAGGAAAAACAAUGGACUGAAGUUUUUCACGCAAUAGACAAAGACAAAAAUGGGUUUCUUACUCGUGAAGAAAUUGCACAGUGCUUAAAAGAAGUUGGUGUUUGUCCGAAUGUCGCAGACAAAAUAAUCAAGGAAACUGAUAUGAAUAGUGAUGGAAAAAUUUCUUUAGAGGAGUAUUUAAACGCGCUUAGAAAACUCCCUCCUCGUGAAAAGUGUGUUGCAAGAUGGAAUGAAGUAUUUCAAUCCAUAGACAAGGAUGGUUCGGGAAAAGUUUCUAUCAAAGAAUUGGACGAAUUUCUCAAAUCCUCCGGUAUGGAUAUAGACCAAAAAAGUUUACAUAAUUGGAUGACACAAAAUGACAAAAACAAGGAUGGUGAACUAGACUAUGAUGAGUUCUUAGCCUACGUACGUCAAACAUAUAAGUAA